AUGGAGGUUUGUUACAAAGAGAAUAGUUACCAUGUUGUGAAGGAUAUAUGCGUUGAUAAAGGGGCUUAUUCUAAGCAUAAAUUCAUGUUUAACGAAAGUGUUGAUGGAGCCGCUUAUAAUUUCUUCCCAUUGGAGAAUUUUGAGUAUAACCGAAAUCCAAAAGAUAACACUGGUAUGAAGGUGUUAAAUCAACCAGAAACUGAUGAUUCUGACGAGGCAUCUUCUAAUCAUGAUCAGCACAAUGAUGUGAUUCAUAAAGAUGACAGUGAGAUUGAAGAACUUGUUGAUAACUUCACCAAAGCGAUGGAUUCACGUGAAGACACACAAGAUUCUAUACCUACUGGUGGCAAGGAUGAACAGCUUUCCGUUGAACAUAAUUCGCACUCCCAGUUGAAAGACUCAAGCAAUAUGAUUGAGGAAGAAGUAUUGGCAAGUCCCGCUUUAGGAUUAACCGUUGAUGAAUUGGAAAGUGAUUAUCAGUUUGGGCCAUCAGCUCCUGCGGUCUAUGUCAAAAAGGAACUUCACCAAUUUGGUGGUUGUAACUGUGAUGAAACUCAACUUCCUCUUACUACCAUUGAAGGCGCAGUAUCAGGUCGUAUAAGUUACUCAGGGUCUAUACCUUAUUCUAGAAGCAUCUCUAUUCGAUCCGACAGUAGCACUACCAGCACGCGGUCCUUUGCAUUUCCCAUGUAA